UGGAGAUGCUGUGACGCAAUCGCGCUUCAGACGCAGCUAAAGCGAGCUGCAUCUGGUCCAGAGCCUACAGUUCAGACCGAGAGAGAGAGAGAGGAUGUCUGCUGCCGGGACUCUGGCGCUGCUGGUCUUCUUGUGCCUGACCCUGAACGAUCGACUGACCGAGGGCUGCCGGUGUCUCCAGAGACACCCUCAAGAGCACUUCUGCGCGUCUGACGUAGUGAUUCGAGCUAAGGUGACUGGAAAGGCAAACAGCACUCGCCCGGCGUUCAACAUCCAAACCGUGGAGAUAUUUAAGCAACUAAACAAGAAUAAAAUUGCAGUCGUAUACACAUCUCAAACUUCAUGUGGCAUCAACCUGAAGCCCGGCGAGUAUCUGCUGUCAGGACAUGUGGAGGACGGCGUGGUGGUGGUUGAGUCCUGUGACCGUGUGGAGCGCUGGGACAGUCUCUCCUCGGCUCAGAAGAGAUAUCUCAGCAUGUACCAGAAAGGCUGUCUGUGUGAGAUCUCGCCCUGCACCGGAGCCUCCUGUCUGAUCAAGAUGCUUCAGAGAAAGUGUCUGAUACGAGUCAAUAAUUCAUCCAGCCUCGAUGAUGAGGAGGCUCUUCAGUCUAUUUGCCUGCCAGGCAGUGACUCCUUCUGCAGAUGGCAAAAAAUUCUCGACAAAUAACUACAAAAGCUCCUAAAAACGACGCCCUGAAGAAGAAGUGCAUCGUUCGUCAGCGUGAAUGCUUGCCCUUUUGUUCUCCAGAAGGCUUAAAAUGCUUUGAACAUUUUAAAAUGAUUUUAAUAUAUUUUAAAAUAUUAUACUGUACAGUGCUUUGAUGCAACCUGUGUUGUAAAAGCGCUAUAUAAAUAAAAAUGAUUGAAAUGAUUGAUUAAUGAAGCUUUGCAACGCAGGCAGCAAAUACACACAAAACACUGUUUUCAUGGAGAUUUUCACGUAACCAUUAAACUAUUUUGCAUGGAAAA